AUGCUCACCCACCUCAGUACCGCUCUUGUCCUCGCUGGGUUGAGCCAUGCCAUGCCCGAAAAGAGAGCAUCAUCUGCCUCGGCAUACUGCUCUAACUCCGGAGGCAACUAUAAACUGUCCUCCAUCGCAGCGCCAGUCCAAGGCAAUGGCAGUGCAGGCUCUGAAUCGACUUGGCAGCUGACCAUUGACGAUACCUCCUCCGGACACAAACAGACCAUUGUCGGAUUUGGCGCCGCCGUCACCGAUGCAACUGUGACCUCAUUCAACACGCUCGACAGCUCGACGCUCCAGUCACUGCUCAAUGAUUUGAUGACUUCCUCUGGCGCUGACUUCGCUUUGAUGCGCCAUACCAUCGGAGCCUCUGACUUGUCUGGUGAUCCGGCAUACACCUACGACGACAAUGGAAAUAGCUCUGACCCAGAUCUGUCGAACUUCAAUCUCGGCGACCGCGGGAAUGCAAUGGCGGCCAUGCUGGCAUCAAUGAAGAAGCUGCAGUCCAAACUGACCAUUUUUGGAUCGCCCUGGAGCGCCCCCGGCUGGAUGAAGUUGAACGGUGUGAUUGACGGAAACACGGACAAUAACAACUUGAACGACGGCUACUUGACCAGCGCCGGCACUGGGAGUACAGGGUACUCCAGUGCAUUUGCCCAGUACUUUGUCAAAUAUAUCCAGGCGUUUGAGAACCUUGGGGCCCAUAUCGACGCAAUCACGAUCCAGAAUGAGCCGUUGAACAGCCAAGAUGGAUAUCCCACUAUGUACGUCUAUGCGGAUGAGUCGGCACAGCUUAUUCAGAACUAUGUUGGGCCCGCGCUUGCCAGUGCUGGUUUGGAUACAGACAUAUGGGCAUAUGAUCACAAUACCGAUGUGACUUCAUACCCUCAAACUGUCCUCAAUACGGCCAGCGACUAUGUUGACACCGUUGCCUGGCAUUGCUAUGCGACCAACGUUAACUGGACAACACUCACCGAUUUCCACGACACCAACCCGAAUGUCAACCAGUACAUGACAGAAUGCUGGACCCCGGCAUCCGGAUCAUGGAACCAAGCCGCCGAUUUUACCAUGGGUCCCCUGCAGAACUGGGCUUCUGGCGUUGCGGCUUGGACUCUAGGCACGAACUCCGAUGAUGGUCCCCAUCUUUCUAGCGGUGGCUGUGGUACCUGCCAGGGUUUGGUUACUGUCAACGGUGGCAGUUAUACCUUCAACACGGCUUAUUAUAUGAUGGCACAGUUCAGCAAGUUCAUGCCUUCUGGUGCUAUUGUGCUGGAUGGCACUGGGAGCUAUACUUACUCUGGAGGUACCGGUAUUCAAUCUGUGGCUUCUUUGAACCCGGACGGUACUAGAACGGUGGUAAUUGAGAAUACUUUCGGCAACGAUGUUUAUGUGACAGUCACGACAGAAAGCGGAGAGACCUGGAGCGGCAACGUUCCGGAGACCUCUGUUACUACUUGGAUUCUUCCUGCUUCGUCUUGA